CGGUCGGACUCGGCUACCGAGCAAAGGAGGAGGGACUGUUGUCAUUCGUCCGGGCUGUGUGGCGAGCUUUUGUCCAGCAGAGAUGGCCGGGAUUAAAGCUCUCAUCAGCCUUUCCUUUGGAGGGGCCAUCGGCCUCAUGUUCCUCAUGCUUGGAUGUGCCCUCCCUGUGUAUGACAAAUACUGGCCUUUGUUCCUGCUCUUUUUCUACAUCCUCUCUCCCAUCCCUUACUGCAUCUCGCGGAGAGUGGUCGAUGACACAGACUCGGCCAGUAACGCCUGCAAAGAGCUGGCCAUCUUCCUCACGACGGGCAUCGUCAUCUCAGCUUUCGGCCUGCCAAUCGUCUUCGCAAGAGCUGAAGUAAUUGCCUGGGGAGCAUGUGCGCUUGUGCUAACAGGUAAUGUAGUCAUCUUUGGGACGAUCCUGGGCUUCUUCCUGGUCUUUGGAUCCAACGAUGACUUCAGUUGGCAGCAGUGGUAAAACGGCAGCUGGAGGGGGACCUUAGUCUGAACUGUUUUUAUUAGCGUUACAAUUAUUAUUAUUAUUACUGUUAUGGUAUUACCGUUCUUGGUUCUUGUUGUUAUUUAUAUGAUGACCGCCCAUCCAUAGACUCACAUCAAACCAGUGCAAUACUUUUUUUUUUUUUUUUGUUUGUUUGUUUUGUUUUUACCACUCGCAUCAUGCUGAACUGACACAAGUGGGAUGGAAAAUGCUGACUUUCAGUUGGAUUUUUUCCCAUUUUUAAGUUUGACUCUUUCUGACUUCUGUGCUGUGAGUCUUUGUUUUCCAUCUUUUUGUAUGUGUCCACUUUAUUUAAAAGAUUACAAGCUGGUGAACAGCUUUUACAGUGUAGUAUCUUUGAAGAUGUGUUAAAAAGAAUUCAAAAUGAAUGACCAAAAGGAUACGGUCAGUGAUGUCUGGCCUUCUUUUUGCAAUUAAAAACACUGGAAGGAGCUUCUUCUUUGUGAAAUUAAUGUAAGUCAGCUGGAAAUUGAGGAAAAAUCUGCACAAUAUGAGCCAAAAUUUCAUCAGACACGUCUCUGUUUCAUACAGGUCUUACUGGAUUUAAGUGUCAACAGUUCAGCUGAUAUAAUGCAGGCUUUUCUCAGCUUUCAGUCAGUAAAAUGUGAACAACACUAAGCUUGAGUGUUCUUGUGAAAGCAGCGGGCUGUUAUUGCCACCAACAGUACCUAACAUGCGAACUCCAUUAUGUGUAAAUGUGAUAUAAAUCUUUCUCAUGACACAAAGUGAGGAGGUGGUGUUCAGGAGCAGUGUUCAAGGAUUCAUUUUAAACUCUCUCUCUAUCACACCAGAGAUCAAAUUAAACUGACUUAGUGAUUUCCCAGGUGCAAACAUGGCGGGCUGCUUAUUCACCAGGUUUUUCUGCAUCCAAUCGGCUCGUAUUCCAGUUUGUGUGAGUUAGCGUUUUUCUGUUAGGUCAAGAAAGCAUGCAAAGCCUGUAGCAGCCGCCAGCUAGCAUUGGAUUAGCUCAAGGACAGCAGCCUUGUUGGAAACUCGGCCAAGCUACCCUAAGAGCCGGGCUACUUAUAACCGAGGCCCAGUCAGUCAUUUAACAGCCUUUAAGCUUUUGAACGCGACUCCCUCAAAGUGAAAGAAUCCAGUGACUUUGCUCUGCAUUCCAGCUCUGGCACAUACUGUAUUUCCUCACACCAGCAGAAAAAAAAGAACAAAAAAACACACCGUAUGAUUAAAGUUUGAAAGUAUUGGGUCGUGUAAAUAAAGUCUGCAUGCUGGUUUAUGUAAUCUGCUGCAGCUUCUUGAUAAUCAGGGCCUGCAGUCAGUCAGGUGCAGCGCCUCAGACUGCUGUUACAUUUAAACUGCAUUAGUGGUGACUAAAUGAGGAGUAAAGCAAAUGCUACCCUGUAAAGAACUGCAGUGACUAAUGGAGCUUCAGGUGUGUUUUGUUGCUUUCUUUGGGUUUUUUCUUUUUGUUUUUUUGUAGCUGGCACUGUUUGCAAAUCUCUGAGUUUCUCCAGCCAUUACAAGAAUCAAAUGUUUUGUUUCCAUGCAAAUUUCCAGUGGACAUCUUCACACGUUUUGGCCCUCAAUCAGUUUAAUUUCCAUAUUUAAAUCGUAUUUUUAGGGUUUUAGAAGCACACAUCCAGCAAAUAAAACAGAAACAGUUCUACAGGAAUUGUUUAGCAUUUUGGUGAACUCGCUCACAUGUCUUGCAUAUGAAGCUAGACGUGAUUGAUUGCUUAUCAUAAGGACUUUCACAGGAGGACAUCUGGGCUCUGAAAGAAAACCAAGCCUGUCAACAAGUCCAAAGUUCAGCAUUAAUCAGAAUUUACUGAAUUUGUUUUAAUCCAUACACAACUAAAGUUUAAAGCUAUUUGUGAUUUUAGAGUUAGUUUUUGAGCUCUAACUACUCUUUGUUAAGAAAUAUUGGUAAUUUUCUAUUUUAGUUUAAUUUCCCUUUACUUACAAUUUAAAAAGUAAACUUUAGGUAUUUUAGCAGAGCUGUAUUAUAGCUGUGUACCCCCUUGUUCCAGUCUUUAAUGGUAAAUUAAUUAGAUCUGUAUUUGAGCUUUGUCAAAUCAGACUUCGAGUAUGACUCUUACAGUAUUUCCUGCAUUAGUCAAAGACCAUCCAAGAAAAUCAUUAGGAACCAUUUGAGUGAACCUCUGGCUGAAAAAUAUGGGCUGACUGACAUUUGUGCAGGGUUAAUUUGAACUUGUGAUCACAGAGCUCAUGUUUCCGGCCUUCGUUCAGCCCUACGAAAGAUACAAAUAUUUUUAAAAGGAACACAUUGACGGCAGAUUUUUGUUUUAUGUUAAAAACAUGCUUUAAAACGUACUACUGACAUGAUUUGUGCGUAUCACGAUGUAAUCCCAUGAACGAAUCCUCUGGUGGUAGUCUGUGAGCCUGUCUGUGGUUCAGACAAGCAGGGUAACUCUGCGUGGUGUUUCUGGGACGUGCGCAUCUGUAUGACACGUUUAGCUAAACGUGUCAAAUGUUCUCAGAUUUUCUGUUUUGUAGUCUGCCGUUAAUUCUGAACUGUCAGUCUGGCGUGAAGAUGUGGGAUUAUUAGGUUUCUCUCACAGAUCUUUGAAGGAUGUUGUAUUUAUUUAUUUCACUGGAUGCUUUGUGUCAAGGUUCAACGCCAUUUUCUAUCUCAAUUGUUAUGUUGAAGAUGAGGAAGUCAGCAUGGUGGUUUCUUUUUUUUUAAUAAACGCCAUUUUUGAAAGUCUUCUUCAUUUGAAUGACUACAGAUGCAUUUCACUUAGCUUAGCACAGCUGUAUCAGGUGGAGAGAUGUUGAUUUGUCUUCAGAGGGAAUAACUGAGUGAGUGAUGUUGUUAAGAGACGCACAUGAGUGUGAGGGAAAAAAAAACAGCAAAAACUUCUCAUAAACCCUCUGUAGGUUGCAAAAAAUAGUAUUCUGAUAUGCUUAACAUUUUCAUAGUUAUUUUUAAAGACACAGAAACACGGACUCCGAUGUCUUCCAGUGUCUUAUUUUUGUCUAACCAACUGCACAAAAUCCCCCAAAUAUCCAGUUCACU